AUGUUGCAUACUACAGAUAUUCUUGGAUCAACAUUAGCUACAACUAUUUUUAAUCAUUCAAACGAUAACUAUUGUGUAGAAAGAUCUUCAAUAACAAGAUGUUAUUUGCUUCCCAUUGUUUGUAUGUUAGCUUAUCUUUCUUUAGCAUUUUCUCUUUUACCUCAAAUUAUUCAUCUAUUUAAUCAUCGUUCACGAUAUAUAGCUGGUAUUAGUUAUAUAUGGAUAAUAAUUCGAGCAUUGGCUUUAAUUUUCUUAAUCGUGGAGCAUGCUUUUAAAUGGACAUCGACAUCGAAAUUAUUUGCAUUUAUAUCAACAAUGGUAAUUUUGUUACAAAUCAUUCUAUUUUCAAACAAGCUUCAUCGACAAAAUAAAAUUAUUUUAAUUGUUAUCAGUUUAUGCAUAUGGAUUAUUGGUUUAAGUAUUAUUUUUUUCUCUAGAAAUAAAGGUUUGUUAAUAAAUAUUGGUUACAUUUUACUUGCCACGCAAAUGUUACCACAAAUUUUACUUAAUUCAUUAUUAAGAACAGUGAAAGCUUUAUCAAAAUUUUCAAUAACUUUAUUGGCGAUGAGUGAUAUAUUUUUAUUUUCUAUUACUAUUGUAAAUCAUUCUCAAUUAUUAAUACUUAUUGCAAUUUAUUAUUCAUUUUCAUUUUUCUUAUUUAUUAUUCUACAAACUAUGAUUUAUAAUGAUGAACAUAUACAUUUAAUAUCUCGUUCAGCACAUGCCGUUCUUACACCAGGUGUUGAUAUAUUUACAGGACUUGAUAUUAAUGGAGUACGAAGUAGAGGACAAGAUCCAGAAAUGUUUUCAAUUGAAGAUUUCGAACCAAUGGAUGGCAUGAAUAUUAUUUAUCUACCAGUUACAACAAAUAAACCAUCAAAACAAACAGUUAAACAAACAUCAAUGGAAAAAUUUCUUGGGUAUGCAAAACUCGGAUGUAUUUUUGUUAUUGAAACUAUUGUUACAAUAAUUCUUUUAUAUUAUGUUUGGUCUUUAUGGAUAAUAUUUAUUCCUAUUUCAUUGCUAGUUAUCUUCGGUAUCUUCUUUUUAUUACGUACUAGAUUAAGUGCUUCGCAAACAGAAAAUUUAAAAAAAAUUUUGUAA